AUGAGUUUUGAGCGAAAGGCUAUUUCAUUGCCGGCGAGGCCAGAGGAUUUGAUGCCAGUUUAUGAAAGUGCAUCAUCAAUCGAGAGUGAAGGGUCUGACGAUGUUUUUGAGUCCUUUGGGGAAGGACAUGAGGAAGAGUUCUUCAGAGUUCUAGAGCAACGAAAAUCUGAUGACAUAGGAGAAUGUUUCAAAGAGGAAGCUAAACCAGUGGCUAAGAAACAACUUGAUGUAACAAUUUUUUCUUCGACGAGCACUUACUAUUCUACUGUGUCGAAUGAUUCAGCUCUGAAAACGGCUGAUCUCCUGGCUCUUUCAAGCGAUCAAGAGCAUUUUGAGUUUCAACGAGUUUCAACUAGCACCAACGCUUCUGAACCUGUUCGGCUACGAACUCUGUCUAAGAGCGCCUUGGAUCCAAAGAAACCGCCUGCGAAGCCCGAGAAGAAGGAACUCUUCAUUUCGCUCGAGGAACUCGAAAAACUCACGCUGGAGGACAACGAUGCUGAGGGUGAAUUUGAGCAGGGUGCGGAGAUAUUCAAGCUGAAGACUUGGAAUCAUGCAUCGCUGUGGAAGUGGGACGUAGAUUGUGACAUUUGUGCCAUUUGCAGAGUCGUGGUUACGGAACCCUGUCUCAAGAAUUCGAGCAAAGACGCGAAUAUUCUCGAAAACGUCAACAAGAUUCUUCUGCACUUGGCUCCUCUACGAAUUCCAGAGUUGAAAAAUGAAUCGAAAAAUCACGUAGAAAGCCUACUCUACCUCAGAGAACUCAACGAAAAUGUCGCGAAAGAACAAGACCCGGAGAUGAAAGAAUUGCUUCGGGAAGAAAUCAAAGAAUCGGAAGAGCAAAUAAGUGAGAUUGAAGAAGAAGUUUUCGACAUUUUGGCCGAAUAUGAAACUGAAGAAGCCGAAAAGGCGAAUUUUGUCGUUGAAGCUGGAGCAGGAGGGGAUGAAGCUGGAAUCUUCGCUAGGAAGAAUAAAAUGAGAUUCGAAAUCGCAGCUAUGCUUCGUGCACAAACAAAGAAGCGCACGCAUGAAAUGUGCGUGGCAAUCACGAAAACGCUUUUUGCACAAAAUUGCGUCGUGCGAAAUUUCGAAUCGCACGGAAUUAGGACUCUCGCGCGAGCUACGAGGAGACAGAACUUUUCAAGCAAUGAAAAAUAUCACCAACAAAAAGUUGAGCGGCCGCUAAUUCCGGAUGAUAUUAAUAUCCAAGAGGUUAUGGAAGAAGAUCGGGCGAAUAAUAGAGGCUACAGCUUCGAGGGACAUAAAAAUUAUUUGGCAGCUGGCGACGCGAUCUACACAGAAGGCAAUUUCGUCACUUGGGAUCUCCAUGCUCCUUCUAGUAUCAAAAUGGAAAUAGAAAAAAUCCUGGGCGAGCAUAAUGACGUUAUCAAAUUUGCAAUUUUAGACUACAAUAAAGCGAAUCCGGGUAAAAAGCCCUGCGAAGGGUGGGAAAAGAUAGAUUACGAAGAAGAAAUGGCAAAUAAAACCGGGAUGAUCCACCCGCAUCGCGUUCAACCUUACAGACAGUAUACGCCCAAUGAAUUUUCGGACCAAGAAGGAAUGCCGCAUAUUAUGAGCGUAAACAAACAAUAUGGCGGAAAUAAAUAUAAUCCAAACGGUUUUCACGCACUAAAACGAUGGGGAGCCGCAAACCGCCCUGGAAACAGAUCUUUUUACACUGAAGAAAAUCUCAAAGAAUUGCUUUGA